AUGGUACCUGGUGAUUUUGAGGCCGAUGAUGUUAUAUCAUUAAGAAAGCUUACCACAGAUCAGCUUAUAGAGCGGCUACUCCAUUUGAAGAGCAUUCACGAGAAAGAUGCCAAGGAUUUCGAAGAGUACAAGGCAAGCAGUUUGGAGAUGGAGACGAUCAUGGAAAGGGAGAUCGAAGAUGCGCAACGUGAAGCCAAAGCAGCAACGGCUAAACUUCACCUCUUGACCGUGGAGGCUGAACGUGCUCACAGCAAAAACGAAGCAGAAAAGCGUGAAUUUCUCAAAAUCGAGGAAGCCUUACGUCGUGAGGUAAGCUCGUGUUUCUUUCGUUCUGCUUUUGCAUUUAUGCGAUCGCACUGCGUAUUAUCACGGCUUUCAAACGAGUUGGUGUCGCUGAACAUGUAA